GGGGUUAAACACUGUGUGACACACGAGGCACUGUUGUACAAGCAGUGUCAGUGACGCAGCCACCAGUAUGUGUGCCCUGUCUCCGGCAGUCACCUGGGUUAAAAUUCAACCCCUCUGUCAUUUACUGUCACCCAAUCAGUGUGAAGAGAUAAGCUGCAUGUCAUGUUAGGGCUCUACAUGUGUAACAGGUGGAAGCGUGUCUCACACACAGGGCAAAGUUUGUUUUAUGAAGAGGGAGCAUUGUGUUGGGUGGCUGGCUCAGUUUGUAAUGUGAUGGUUAUUGGCAGGAUAGACUGGUAGUUCUGUUUGUACUAUGAUCGUUACUGGAGGCUGGUAGCACUAUUCAUCGUUUGAUGGUAAUUAACAGGGGAUUGUUCCAUUCAUUGUGCGAUUGUUAUUGGUGACUGAUUGCUCUGUUCCUCUUGUGAUCAUUAUAAGUGACGAUAACGCCACUCAUCACGUGAUCAUUAUUGGUGGCUGAUUCCUUCCUUUAUCGUGGUAUUGGUUAUUGGUGGCUGAUAGCUGUGUACAUCGUGUGAUGGUUAUUGGCGACUGAUAGCUGCGCUCUACAUGUGACGGUUAUUGGUGGCUGAUAGCUUCCUUCAUUGUGUUAUUGGUGGCUGAUAUCUGCGUUCAUCAUGUUAUUGGUGAUUGCGUUCACUGUAAUGGUUAUUGGCGACUGAUAGCUGGGUACAUUGUGUGAUGGUUAUCGGUCGCUGCGUUCACUGUAAUGGUUAUUGGCGACUGAUAGCUGGGUACAUUGUGUGAUGGUUAUUGGUCGCUGCGUUCACUGUAAUGGUUAUUGGCGACUGAUAGCUGGGUACAUUGUGUGAUGGUUAUUAGCAGGCUGAUAGCUGGGUACAUUGUGUGAUGGUUAUUAGCAGGCUGAUAGCUGUGUACAUUGUGUGAUGGUUAUCGGUGGCUGCGUUCACUAUAAUGGUUAUUGGCGAGUGAUAGCUGGGUACAUUGUGUCAUGGUUAUUAGCAGGCUGAUAGCUGUGUACAUUGUGUGAUGGUUAUUGGUGAUUGCGUUCACUAUAAUGGUUAUUGGCGAGUGAUAGCUGGGUACAUUGUGUCAUGGUUAUUAGCAGGCUGAUAGCUGUGUACAUUGUGUGAUGGUUAUUGGUGGCUGAUAGCUGUGUACAUUUUGACUAUGCACGGCUGAUAGCUGUGUACAUUUUGUCUAUACACGUUUGAGUCCCUCCAGGGAGCUGUGUAAUUACUGGACAAACUGCAGGGAAUUGUUUUGUGCAGUAAUUGUUUAUUCCACAUAAGAGGCUGAGACUUGCCCAGCCCUAUACAUUGUACCUGACACUAAUCCGCUCUGGAGAGGACUGGACUUCAUGAGGUUUCAGGUCGGCCCCAAAAAGUCAAUAUGUGAAAGGGGUAAGUUACCAGCUACCGCACACAGAACGGGAGACAUUUAAGAACACGGCUAUUUCUAUUUAUUUAAUACUCUGCUAUCUGUUUAUUUUGUCUUCCUCCUCUUUAACUCUGUUUCCUUAUUGUACCAGGCUGUCCCUCCAUAUAAGGUUGUCAGAUUGCCAUAUUUACAGUUUAUACAUUCUGCUGAGCAGGGCUGUCCAUCUGUAUGUGUAAUUUGUGUUUCCUGCCUGAAAUCAAUUAAUGAAUUAAUUAUGGCGGUUUAUUUAAGAUCCCAACUGUGAUUGGGUAAAUCGCACUAAACAGGUAGCACAUAAAUUGUACACAGCAGUGGACACAGAGUUUCCAGACCACCCCUCCCUCACCCCUAUUUUUCCUGGAUAUAUCAUAUGUAUCAGUGCUACCCUUGCAGUAUGUAGAAUAUAUGUGAUGCAACAUUCUUCGUUGUUGAUUCCUACUUGUAUAUCUCAAAUUCAGCAUAAUGCUGGGCAGCACUUUUCAAGUGUUGUCCAUCAAUAGUUAUAUGUGAUAUGAAUUUGGGGAAAUAUGGUGUAUAUUGCUGCCUGGGAUCUGGCGGGGCUCUGCUUUAACCUUUAUGGCGAAACUGGGAACAGAACACCCAUCUCAUUAUCUUCCCACAAUUCUGUCCCCCCUUUCACUGUCUUUAUCCCUAUCUCAGGCUAAACGGGACACUGUAGUCACCAUAACAACUUUAGCUCAACAAAGCAGUUUUAGUGUAUAGAUAAUGCCUCUGCAAUGUUACUGCUCAAUUCUCUGCCAUUUAGGAGUUAAAUAACUUUGUUUAUACAGCCCUAGUCACACCUCCCUGCAUGUGACUUACACAACCUUCCUAAACACUUCCUGUAAAGAGUCAUCUAAUGUUUACACUUCCUUUAUUGCGAAUUCUGUUUAAUUUAGAAUUUCUGAUCUCAUUGUCUGUUAAUAGCUUGCUAGACCUUGCAGGAGCCUCCUGUAUGUAAUUAAAGUUCAAUUUACAGAGCAGGAGAUACAAACUUUUAAAAUAAGUAACAUUAAGCCAUUUUGUUUUCCUGCAGGCUGUGCCAGUCACAGCCAGGGAAGGUGUAGCUAGGGCUGCAUAAACAGAAACAAAAGUGAUUUAACUCCUAAAUGGCAGAGAAUUGAGCAGUGAGACUACAGGGGUAUGAUCUAUAUACCAAAUCGGCUUCCUUAAGCUAAAGCUGUCUUGGUGACUAUAGUGUCCUUUAAAUUUAAACCAUAGGUGUUAGUGGGGUUGUGGGUUAGGAGGAUAUGAAUGUUUUUUGUUUUUUGGGGGAUUUUUGCAAUAUUACAUCAUGAAGCUGCUUUUCAAAUCUGGUGCGUAAUUUAAAAAUAAUUAGUAAUAUAGCCCCGUGAUGAUUUUCUGGUGAACAGGACUUUACUGCACAAACCGUCUAUUAGUUAUGGUGGCGGGAUUACAUUGAAUAACUGGCUGUACGGUAUGUGCUCUCAUUGUGAUCCCGGAGAGCAGCAGCACACGGCACAUGGGACAAGGCAAAAUACUUAGGUGAGUUCCGUGCCAAUGGCAUAAAAAAAUGAAAUCACUAUAUAGGGAACAUGUGGGGUAGGUUACUAACGAAUUGUUUCCAAUCUGAUGCUACUCAGAUUGCGACACAUGGCGCAUGCACAGCAAUCUCCACACUCUGCCGAAAGGGAUUCUCUAUGAAAUGCCCUCACUACCACUCUGAGCUACAAUUCAAAGUGUAUGAGGUGGGAAACCCACCCGGCUGUCAAACAGGUGUUACUAAAGGUAUUUGUAAAAUUGCAGCUUUUUCUUGAAAUUGGCACUUUUAUUACAUAAGACAGAGAGGGCUCUAAACCCCGCAAAGCAAUGUGAUUGUCAAGGUUAACACUCCCCAACACGCAAACCAGAGAACAAUAAAGGCGAACACAGAUAGACGUAUUACCGGACCUUAAAGUGGCCGGACUUAACAUAGGAACGAGAGAUAAGAAUAGUCAAACACGCCAAGGUCAGGAAUACAGAGAUACGGGAAAGCGAAAUAGACAAAGCCAAGGUCAGGGAGCCAGAAAUAAGAAUAACCAAUAAACAAGCCGAAGUCAAGAACCAGAGAAAAGACAACUACUCAGAACGCACUCCCGGGCUAAUAAUAAACCACGUCAGGGCAAGGAAGUGAUGUCAGCAGGAGGUUAAUAUAGGGCAAGGUGAAUACUGAUAGGCAGGGACAGAACUGAAGGAGGUAUAAAUAGAUAGUGGCAAUAGGCCACUAUCCCUUUAAAUUUGGAGUCCACGUCAUCCCUGCCGGUUACCUUGUGCGCGCGCUGACAUCCCCGGCGCUCUCCCAGAUGCGCGCGCGUUCCCAGAGGCGCACGUGUGCAACGCCCGCCAGCGAUCCACACCACCCGACAUGAGAGGACGGACGGCGGGAUCGGGAUGACGCGGGACACCAGGUAUGACAGAACCCCCCCCCGAAGGAACGCCCACUGGAGGAACACCAGAAGGGCGAGAAGGAAACCUAGCAUGGAGCGCCCUAAGGAGUCGGGGCGCAUGGACCUCAGAAGCAGGAACCUAUGAUCGCUCCUCUGGCCCAUAACCUUUCCAAUGAACCAGGUACUGAAGCGAACUCCGGGAGAUGCGGGAGUCGACAAUAUGUUGGAUCUCAUACUCCUCUUGACCAUGAAUCAAGACAGGAGGAGGACGAGGUUGGGAACGGGAAUGACUGUUGCAUAUAAGCGGUUUCAGGAGGGACGUAUGAAAGACGUUGGGCACACGAAGGUUUUUGGGCAAAUCCAAAGCAUAGGAAACAGGAUUGAUCCUUCACAAAACCUUGUAAGGACCAAUGAACUUAGGAGCCAACUUCAUUGAGGGAAUGCGUAAGCGCAGGUUACGCGUGGGUAACCAAACUCUAUCACCAGCAACAUAAGAAGGUGCCGCCCUGUGGUGCCUAUCAGCAAAUGCUUUCUGAGUAAGCAUAGUCUUCUCCAAGAUGGCAUUAACCAUUCUCCAAGUGGCAUGUACAGUGGAUAAGUGUUCAUCCAACACCGGCAUUCCCUUGUGAGAAAACGAAGCCGGAAGAAGAUUAGGAUGACGACCAUACGUGACAAAGAAGGGACUGUGACCAGAAGCAGAGUGCGUAGCAUUAUUCCUGUCGAAUUCAGCCCAAGGAAGAAGGUCAGCCCAGUUGUCCUGGAGUUGAGACGUAAAACAACGGAGAUAUUGUUCAAGGCUUUGAUUAGUCCUUUCAGCAGCACCAUUCGUUUGAGGAUGAUAGGCUGAAGAGAAGGCGAGUUCAAUGCCCAUGUCUUUACAAAAACCCCUCCAAAACUUUGAAAUAAAUUGUGAACCCCUAUCAGACACAAUGACGUCUGGCAUUCCGUGUAGUCGUAUAAUUUCCUUGGUGAAUAUACUGGCUAAUUCAGCAGAAGAAGGCAAUUUUCUCAAAGGUACGAAAUGCGCCAUUUUAGAGAAACGAUCAACUAUAACCAAAAUGACAGUAAAACCCUUAGAUUGUGGCAACUCUAUUAUAAAAGCCAUAGACAGAUGAGACCAAGGAACUAAUGGCAAAGGAAGAGGAUGAAGAAGACCACAUGGUACUUGAUGAGAAGGUUUAGAUUGGGAACAAAAGUCACACGAAGAUACGUAAGCCUCAACUUCAAAUUUUACUCUCAUGGUAAUGGCUGAAUACUUCCCCUCUUAGCUCUGGAGGCACGUAGAAUUUAUCAACUGGCUUAUCACUAGGUGCCCUAUCUUGGACCCUUUGGAUCUUGUGCAGAAGAGGGGGAGCGACUCUGAUUCUAGUCAAAGCAAUGAUUCUCUCAGGAGGUAUAAUGGGUUCUGGUCUGACCUCCUCUUUAUCAAGAGUGGAAAACUGUCUGGAAAGAGAAUCUGCUUUGGUGUUCCGAUUACCCGGUCUAUAGGAGAUUACAUAAUUGAAGCGAGAAAGAAAAAGAGCCCAGCGGGCUUGUGUGGGCGAAAGCCUCUUAGCGUCACUCAAAUAGUAUAAAUUCUUAUGAUCGGUGGGAAUCAUGAUAGGAACCGUAGAUCCCUCAAGUAAGUGACGCCAUUCCUUGAGAGCUGAUACUAUGGCUAAUAAUUCUCUAUUACCGAUAUCAUAAUUCUUUUCUGCAGGUGUCAGCCUACGAGAAAAGAAUCCACAAGGAUGCAACAGAGCGGUAGGGGAUUCCCUCUGGGAAAGGAUAGCUCCCACACCGGUCUCAGAGGCAUCAACCUCAAGGAUGAAGGGUCUAGAGGGGUCUGGAUGUACCAGGACGGGAGCUGAGGCAAAAGAUUUCUUCAAGAGAGUGAAAGAAGCUUUGGCUUCCGCAGACCAACUGACAUGAUUAGCUCCCUUCUUGGCAUCUCAUAGCUGUGAUUGGUGAUAGAAUCUGGGAAAAGCCUUUUAUAAAUUUUCUAUAAUAGUUAGCGAAUCCAAUGAACCUCUGUAUGGACUUGAAACCAAUGGGUAAGGGCCAUUCAAGAAUAGAAGAUAGUUUUUUAGGGUCCAUUUGAAAUCCCUCAGUAGAAAUUAUAUACCCUAAAAACUGAAUAGAAGUCUGAUCGAACAGACAUUUCUCAAGUUUGCAAAAUAAGCCAUUAGCAAGAAGGGUCUGUAAAAUAUUUCUAACUUGUUGGUGAUGUAUCUGAAUAUUAGGAGAAUGAAUAAGAAUGUCAUCAAGAUACACAAUAGCGCAAGUGUGCAAAUAAUUUCGUAAGACAUCAUUGCUAAAUUCUUGGAAGACUGCUGGGGCAUUACAUAGACCAAAGGGCAUUACCGUAUACUCAUUAUGACUGCUUCGAAUAUUAAAUGCCGUCAUCCAUUCGUCUCCCUCUUUAAUGUGAACGAGAUUGUAAGCUCCUCUAAGGUCUAAUUUAGUAAAGAUUUUAGAACCACGAAGCCUGUCAAAGAGCUCUGUUAUCAGUGGUAUAGGAUACGCAUUUUUUAGAGUAAUUUUAUUCAGACCCCUAUAAUCUAUGCAGGGACGCAAAUCCCCCUCCUUUUUGGCCACAAAAAAGAAGCCAGCCCCUGCAGGGGAAGAGGAACGUCUGAAAAUAAGUUUAUGGAGAUUCUUGUACAUAUUCCUCCAUAACCUUAUUUUCAUUUUGAGAAAGAGGGUAAACCCUCCCCUUGGGGGGCAUGGUACCAGGGAGGAGUUUGAUAGCACAAUCAUAAGGCCUAUGUGGAGGAAGACGGUCUGCCUGUAUUUUAUCAAAGACCUUCGCCAGGUCUUGGUACUGAGGCGGUACGUUAGUGGAAAGUGGAAGAGCUGAUGGAACAUUAAGAGAACAAAGGGGUUUAACCUGAGUUAAACAUGAACGGUUACAGGAAGUACUCCAAGACAGAAUUUGACUUUCUCUCCAGUCAAUAACAGGGUUAUGUUUUUGUAACCAUGGAAAACCAAGAACCAAAGGGGAAGAAAUGACCUGGAAAGACAACUUCUCUUUAUGGGUAGCACCUAUAGAUAAAAUAACAGUCUUGGUUUGAUGCAUAACAUAGGGGACUGUUAAUGGUCUACCAUCUAUGGCCUCAAAGGCCAAGGGUGUUUCUUGCUCCUCCAAAGGAAGAGAAAGAGCUGUAGCAAAGGUCUGGUCAAUAAAGUUGUCCGCAGAUCCAGAGUCAAUGAGGGCCAUAGUGAGAUGACUAACACUUUCCCAGAAUAGGGUUACAUGCAUAACACAUCUGUAUGAAUUUGUUUUAGGGGACAGAGACAUCACACCCAAGACCAGUCCCCUGAAUGAGCUUAGGUGGUAGAGUUUUCCGGACGUGAUGGGCAAUUGUUACGCAAAUGCCCCUUACGACCGCAGGAUAGGCACAACCCUUCUCUUCUUCUGUAAGACUUCUCAGCCUCAGAGAGUCUUGUGUUACCCAGUUGCAUGGGUUCAGAAUCGAAUCCAGGAGCUGGCAAAGCGGGUAAUCCGGUUAUCAUUGGACGAGGAGUGAUUCUUCCUAAAGCCCUCCUUUGUCUAUCUAAAUGAAGAUGCUUCUGUCUAACCCUGAUAUCAAUAUCUGACAUAUACUGUAUAAGGUCUUCUAGGAGUUCUGGUAAAUCCAUGGCUGCCACUUCUUCCUGUAAGGACUCAUUAAGACCCUCAAAAAACACAGCUGUUAGAACACUGUUAUUUCAAGUCAAUUCAGAGGCCAAGGUGCGAAAUUCGAUAGCAUAAUCGGCCACUGUUCUAGAUCCUUGUUUGAUUUUUAACAAUGCUCUGGCUGCUAGUCUCUUUCUGCCUGGGGGAUUGAACACAUUACGGAAAGUCCUGAGGAACAAUUCAAAAUUAAAGACAAUCACGUCAUUAUUCUCCCACAAGGGAUUUAUCCAAGCCAGGGCUCUACCUUCUAAUAGGUUCAUAAUGAAUGCAAUCUUAGACCUAUCAGUAGGGAAUGAAUCAGGGGCUACUUCAAAAUGUACGCCCACCUGGUUCAAAAAUCCCCUGUAUAAUGAUGGAUCCUCGGAAUAACGAGGAGGGGGAGUUAGACGAAUAGAUGGAGUGGAAUGAGUCGCAGAAGGUAGAGCGACAGCACCUUGAGAACUACUGUCCUCUACCUCUGGUUCUGGUGAGGAUAGUUUGCAAGGCUUGGGCAAACUGAUCCAUUCUAUGAUCUAACCCCUCUAUUCUAUUUUCAUAUGCAGCCAUUUGUUGUCCCAGGUUUGCAGGGUCCAUGGCCCUGUCGUAAUGUCAAGGUUAACACUCCCCAACACGCAAACCAGAGAACAAUAAAGGCGAACACAGAUAGACGUAUUACCGGACCUUAAAGUGGCCGGACUUAACGUAGGAACGAGAGAUAAGAAUAGUCAAACACGCCAAGGUCAGGAAUACAGAGAUACGGGAAAGCGAAAUAGACAAAGCCAAGGUCAGGGAGCCAGAAAUGAGAAUAACCAAUAAACAAGCUGAAGUCAGGAACCAGAGAAAAGACAACUACUCAGAAUGCACUCUCGGGCUAAUAAUAAACCACGACAGGGCAAGGAAGUGAUGUCAGAAGGAGGUUAAUAUAGGGCAAGGUGAAUACUGAUAGGCAGGGACAGAAUUGAAGGAGGUAUAAAUUGAUAGUGGCAAUAGGCCACUAUCCCUUUAAAUUUGGAGUCCACGCCAUCCCUGCCGGUUACCUUGUGCGCGCAUGCGCGCCCCCGUAGGCGCACGCAUGCAACGCCCGCCAGCGAUCCACACCGCCCGACAUGAGAGGACGGACGGCGGGACCGGGACGGCGCGGGACACCAGGUAUGACAGUGAUGUGCUUUAGGAUACUGGAGUGCCCCUUUAAUUAGUUUCUCCUACGCGAGACUAGCGCGGUGAUGGCGAAAAGCUGAGUAAAGUACCUUUAUAUCUCCAAUCUCAAGGGAACUGGGCACCUAAACUGGUAGUCCAGCAAUAUAGUGUUUGGAAUACGUUUGUAUUUUUAACACCAUAGUGUUCCUUUAAUCAUGCAUGUUUUGUCAUAGUGGGUAUAUCUAAAAAAAAAACUUGCAAAACAUAUAGAUAUCUUGUCUGCAGCCUUUGCAAUCACUAGCUUUCUAACCCCGCCCAGACUUUCUGUGGCUGUCCAAUCCCAGACUUCCCAAUGCAGUUCAAUGAGAUGUCUUUGCAAACCCUCCCCUUCUAACCCCACCCAGACUUUCUGUGGCUGUCCAAUCACAGACUUUCCAAUGCAGCUCAAUGAGAAGUAUUUGCAAGGCAAGUGCACUGAGCAAUUGCUGCCUCUUCGGUUUAUCUACAUUGAGUUAACGAUACCAGGAAGUUACAGGGCCUGUUGUCUGAUUGACAGCCAGUGAAGUGUAACAGCGUUUAAUUAUAAAAGUUAUAAAUUAUAAAAGUAACAGUUGUUGCGGGCAAGUGCGAUAUCAGUAAAUUUAACAAUCUGACCAUACUGUAUUUCCUUUUUUAAACUUCUAAUGUUAAUGCCUCUAGCAUCAGUGUUUGUCUAGGGCUCCUUUUUGUUACCACUAUGUUUGAGUUGUUGUUGGCACAAUUUGCACAAUUUCUUACAUUUUUGUUUUAUUUGUUCAAAGGGUCAGAGAUAAGAAAAUUGCUUCCCAGCAUUACAAGGAUUUUAAGCUCUGCCAGAGGGAAAUCAAUUCAUUUAGCAGUAAGCGGAUCCCAUUAGUUUGAUAUAAAAUAAAUACUGAAUACGUCUAAAAAAAAACAACGUAUUGUCUUGCAGUGCAAAUCCACUGUCCCCGUCCCCCACCUUCAUAAGGUUCGGGUGAUGCCAAUAAUCCCAUUAUUACAAUAUAUAAUAAUAACUCCAAAUAUCCACCACAAGGAGUUAAUAUCCAUCCGGCUGAACAAACAUAUGAAACUAAAUGUAAACAGGAGCCAGGAUACCAGUGUUUGUAGAAUAAUCUGCGCCUGUUCCUGGCGAUCCAACUCGAGGGUGACUCGUAAUGCGUGAUUGAUCGUCUCUGACUGGAAAAGCAAGGAUUUACUCCCAUUCCUGACUCGGUAACUGGCGGGAUCACACAAAGCUCUUAUUAUUCCUGUUAUGACGCGUGUUAUAAUAGUUAAUAUGUGUUUUGGUAUCGGAUUAAAAAUGUCUUUUCGCUCCGAGAGAUACGUUUCCUAAAAUACCAGAAUGAUCUUUAUCAGAAUUGCAAGAACAGAGAACCAAAUGUAAUCUACAGCCUCAAUAGCCAAGCUUAACAGUCUAUGAUAGAGUCCCUAGCCUAGAGUUUACCAAAAUUAACUAAGGGGUUUAAGCCCUUUAUUUUCAAUUUCCAAAUAAAUUUAAGGUCAAAGUAUCCAAAAUGGAAAUAUUCUCUAAUUCAGCCAUGCUUUCAUUUACUUUAACCAUUGCCUAAAAUUCACUUUGAAUUCUCACUUUAGCGAAUAAUGCACAAUUCAUCGUUUAGCGGAUAAAAAUCCUUUGUGAUCAGCACAGUUGUAGUCCUCUGAUAUUAACUAUUGAAAUUGUAGGAAUAUGAAUGUUGUCCGCAGUGAGAAAGCUUUUGUUUUAUUAGCAAAAUUAAGAAAUAUUUGAUUUGUUUAUGUGAUAAAAUGGCGUUCAGGAUGUUCUGUAAGCAGCAAUCUAGGAUACAUUUGUGAUCUCCCAGGUUACUCAUCAAUGUUGUGAAAGAAACACCGGAAAUCAGAUGAAGAAGAGAGACUCAGUCCACCUGAAUGGUAAAAGCAAAUGACUCAUACCUUUAUUCAUGUACAUAACAUGGCUUGGACACAGGGGACAGCCCUGGAUCUACACCCUAACGCGUUUUGAACCUUGUCUGAGUAAAUGCCGUUAAGAGGCAAAACGCGUUGGAGAGUAGAUCUGGUGCUGCCCCGGUGUGUCCAAGCCAUGUUUUGUACAUAAAUAAAGUUACGAUUCAUGCGUUUUUACCGUUCGAGUAGAUAGUGUUUUUCUUUCAUCAUGUUCAAAGCAAUGCUGGAACCUGCAGAUUCUUCACAAUUGGUGCCACAAUUCAUUUAUGCAUGGUAUACUGGUCUCCAGUGGAUGUUUAUAUAUAUAUUCAUCGAUUCAUCAAUUAUAAAGUGGAAUUGAGGCAAAAAUGUGGUUCUUUGUUGAGCUCAUAUGCAUACACCUACCCAGAAUCCCUUGCAGUAGUGAGAGCUACUGUUAAAGUGAGAUUUCUGUAGGAAAAGCAAAUGUUAUGGCUUGACUGGUGUGUGUUUGUGUAUUAACUAUCCACUUACUUCAGGUGGAAUGGGUUUUCAUAGGGCCUUUGAUAUGUAUCAAUUUACUUAGUGAGAGAAGUGACGUGGAAAUGGCAUGGCCGCUGUGGAGUGUGAAUGGUGGCUACACUGAGAGGACUCGUAAUGCUUAUACGGAACUAACCGAAAACCUGAUUUCUUUGAUUAUGUGAUGGUUAGAAGCACGAGGAGGUAAUGUUUAACUCAGUAUAGUUUCAAAGCUUAUUACUUUGUCCAUUUAAACUUUGCAGAGUAACAUUUACUAAAACUAUUCAUUCUCAUGUUAAUUCCCUUUUAAAGGUAAUUAACCUUCUGGCAGUUGUGUCCAAAAAAUGUUGGGGCAUUCACAUUCCAUAAACAUUAAUGUAUAUUUACACACUGGGAACAAACGCUUCCAGGAAUCCUAAUCUUUUAUUUAAAUGUACGUAGAGAUAACCGCAUACCUCCCAACAUUUCAAAUCUUUUAUUUUAGGGGUGUGAGUGGGGGUGUGCAAGGGGCAGGGCUGUCCCGAGAAAUUGUAGGUGACUUACUAAUAACAAUGAAUCCAUCUAAAAUGUAAUCUAUAACUGGGACAAUGUAUCUUAUUUACACAGACUGAUUUCUAAACACAUUUAUUGUAGUGAUUUAAACGCUAUGUAACUGGCCUGUUUAUUCUAGAUGGCUAGUUACUGGUAUAUGUAGGCUACUGUUAGUUUUGUCCCUUCCUUCAUGUUUCUAUAUCCACACUGUGUUGGGCUGGCAGGGGAGAAGUGACCAUUACUGCCCCUUGUAUUGUACUCCUACAUGCUUGGUAAUGCUAUCCAAAUUUCCUAUUGGCAAAACUUUGGCACUGCCCAUAUAGGGGUGUCAUCUGGGCAUCGGAAUAUCUUGCUUGCAUCACGUUUUCAUGCUGUGGGCAGUACCCGAAUAUUGCUGCCCUUGUAGUUUGUGUAAUUCACACGCUGCAGAACCAUUAAAAGCGAAUUAUUUAGCUAGAGAAAAUAAGCAUUAAGGCUCAGCCUCCGACAUAUCUCCCUUCCUACUGUUAAUCCAAAAGAAGGCAAAAAACACAUUUUUAUAGAUUUCUAAUUGUGCCAUAAAAUGGGGGUGGGGGGGGAUACUUCUUGGCUCCUAAAUGGCAGCCAGAUUUCUCUUAUCACCAGCUGUUACCCUCAUAUGAAAGGCACCCUCCAGCCCAUAAAGAACUUAAUCUUGCUGAAAUGCUUUAUGAAGAAAGUGUCCCCUAUUUUUACAUUUUACAAAAGUGAAGAUUUCAAUAGAUAUUGGCACUUCUAAAUCUUGUUGCACCCCCUGGCUGCUUGCUGUCAAUUAGACAACCGAUCCUGAUACUUCCUGGGUUUUUAGCUCAGUGGAAAUAAACUCAAUUGCCCAGAGCACCUGCCUUGUAAAGACUCCUCCUUUAUUUAUUUUGCUGUAGGUGAAAUCUCCUCUUCAAGUUUAGAUGUUAAGCUUCUUUUCUUUAUUAAAGAGAUCUGACACUCUGUAUAUUUGUAUAAUGUUAUCAUAUCCUCUAGAAUGUAAGCUCAUUGAGCAGGGCCCUCCACCUCUCCGUUCCUCUAUGUCCAGUUGUCUGGUUACAAUUACAUGUCUGUUAGUCCACCCAUUGUACAGCGCUAUGGAAUCUGAUGGCGCUAUAUAAAUAAUAAAAUAAUAAUAAUAAUAACUUCCUCUGAGAUGCCUUUUUUUCUAAUAUAGAUAGUUUUUCCAGUCUCUCAUUAAAAUCUUCCAUUCCCCUUGUUUAUUUUGUAGCCCACCUCUGCAGUUAAUUCCACUCCCAUAACCCGUCUUUAGAACCAGUGUCCAAACUUGCACCUUAUAUUAAAGAUGUGUUGCACCAUUAUUUUGUAAACAUGCAAAAUAGUUUUUUGAUCAAAUGAAGUAAUACCCCUCCUUAUGCAUGAUAUUACUGGCAUUUUCAACAGGUGACUUAGAGUUGAUUUCAUUUUUGCGGAUUUAGUUGAUUUGCCUACGGCAGCUCAUGAAUGCUAGAUACUGAGGCAGCCUUUCAUGUCCUGCCCAUCAGCCUGCUGACGUUAUUGAGUCGAGGAAAACAUGCGGGAUCUGGCAGCCAUAUGAUGCAUCGAGAAAUGCCAGAUAUGACAAUGCUGUCUUUGUGUUUCAUAAUAAUUUUAGUUUUUAGAAUGUUUUAGAAUGUCUAAAAAUAGACUGGGUUGGAAAAACAGAAUAAUUAUUGACCCGUGAAUGCUUCUCCCCUCUGUGUAUUACACUGAACUCACCGUCAUGUGGCUCUUGAACAGUUCAAUGCACUUUGAGCCUCAUAAAUUGCAAAAUCAUUUAUUGAUUGGGUUUGGAAAAAUGUCUGAUAAAUGAAAUGUAAUCGCAUUGAACGCGUCAUCCCCUUAGAAGAAAGUUCAUUUUGUUAAAAAAAAGAAGUAAAAAACACAUACAUAUGUGUGUAGUACUUACCAUAACCACCGAAAGAGAUUAUAAUGUUUGAGCGAAGAUAUCACGAUUCUGGGUCAUAUAGAUCAUAAAAAUAUCCUGGCCUAAAAUUUACAUUGAAAAGAGUUACUUUUGCACUAUCCAAAAUCCCUAUGCAAAUUUAAAUAACAAGAGGUUUUUAGAAUGCUAAAAACCGCCAGUUAUUUAAAUGUGAUUGUAAAAACCGCCAGUUAUUUAAAUGUGAUUGUAAAAACCGCCAGUUAUUUAAAUGUACAUAGGGAUUUGGAAUAGCGCACAAGUAACUGUUUUCUUUGUUUUUUAUUGUAUGCUUUGGGGCUGAUAUGCACUAUAGUCAUGGCUGCCGGCCAGAAGUAGUGGGAGUUUGAGCGCAGGACUUAUUUUUGUAAAAUUUACAAUGCACUUUGAAUUCUUGGCACUUUACACUUUAGUGAAUAAUGCUGAAGGAGAAUUUCAAAUUUUAGAUCAAAAUAGCAAAAUUAGAACAUUUUCUGUGUAAGCGAUUUAUGCAGUUCAACUAUACUGGUCGAACAUGUGAAAUUCACCCUGUAUUUACUUUGAAUUUCCUACUAAAUUACACUUGACCUAAUAACCCUUUAAAAAAUGUGUUCACUAAUCAGUGGAUCAAAGCUAUAUUGGAGAAAAGUCCAAAUUUUGCAGGACCGUUGAAAUUCACAGUGUAGUAAAUAACUACUAGAUACAUGUCAGGGGGUUGUUUCCUAAACAGCCAAUGCAAUAUAUAGACAGUUCUUCAUAAGACUUUAUUAAAUGCUCACAAAUGACAUGUUUUUUUUCUGUUGUAUUUUUUAGCUGAACAGCGGCCAUUUUGAAACAUGUCCCCACAGUAUUUUAAAUGGCUGAGAGAGGCCAUGGGUAGAGGCCAUGUUCAUUGUAGUUUAAAUAAAAAUUAUUGCUUUACUGCUGUGAAGUUGUGUGAACAUUGCUAAAUAGGGACUGUUUUUCUUAAACUGGGACACUUGGAAGGUAUGGCCAUAUAGAAAAAGAUGGUCUUAUGCAAAAUAAAGAUCUGCAGCACAAGUAUUGAAUUAGAAGUCAUGGGGAGGGCUAAUAACCCAUACAGAUAAUCUACUGACAAGCAAAGGUCAGUUUUAUUCAUCAUUAUCUAAAGUUCAAGUGUACAGCAGGCCAGGUGCUAGCGCAGAUAGAGCUCACUGUCAGUAAUAAAUAGAUAAAAGCUGUACCUGGCAGGUUUAUCUGCUCGGCUGACUUACUUUAUAGCUUUACUGCAUAGAUAACAAGCAGAGACCUUCAGUAAAGCAGCGGAACUCCGCCCACUGCGCCGGGACACUUGUCAAGAGUGGUAUCUGAAAGAAAGAGCAAAGCAGUCUGCAUUAUAUACAUGUUUAAUGUAAACCUACAGAGUUAUUUACUGGGUAGAUAGAACAAACAAGAGGCUGUUCCCUUUCUCAAUGCACCAUGUCCCUAGAGUUAUUUACUGAAGUGACCGAGAACUGCCAGGAAUUUCAGAAUUUAGGUCACAAUAGCCAAUUACACAAAUUCUCCAAGUCGGUUUUGUUUUUAGUUUUGUUAUUUUGUCUUUAAAUACCCAGCAAUUCUCACUAUAGCGAAUAACCCUGCUUGUUUUAAUGAGAUACUCAUGGAUUGGAGCAGAGAUAGUCAUACUCAUUACUCAUUUACUUCUCUUACAGUCAGAACGUCUAGGCGCCUUCUUCUAACCUCUGGCUGGUGACAGCCCCCCAUGGACCCAGUCCAGCGGUCCUCAAACAGCUCUACGGGGGAAUUCCAACGAAGUAAGUUACUUUUUGAACCCCAAUAUUUACCAUGCACCCCAAUAUUACACCAUUUAGUUCAUAUAUCCCUCUGUAACACGUUGUUACAAACUGCACCCCAAUAUUGUACCAAGUAAUUCCACCAUGUACCCCAUUCUGCACUCAAGUGUUACACCAAAUUACCCCCUUCAUAUACCUCAUAUAUCUUGAUAUUACUCCAUAUGACACUUUGUAUCCCAGUAUUACACCGCGUUACCCCAUUUUACUCAAUAAUUAACCAAACUGCUCUAUGUAACCCAGUUUACGGCGUAUUUCCCAAGUUUCCCGUCACUCCUUUAUAUAUGUAUGUGUCGAAAGGCUGUGGUUGAUUUAGGAUUAUGCCCUGGCGUUCCUCCAGCUCAUGUAAUAGCAGAACAACUGUGAGCAAACAUGAUAUGGUCUGCCCUUUAUUAACCAUCUUUAGGCAGCAUUAAUGGUUAGUGAUAAUGCAGUAUACAUGUUAAUGCAUACCUCCCAACACCCCUGAUUUUGUUGGAGCAGUCACGAUUUUUGGGUUCUCUCCUGCUGUCCUGACUUAGUUCCUUAGUGUAGAAUAAAUGGGUUUUAUUCUAUUCGAUGAUAACUAUGUACCUGGUGGGGUAACAGGUUUUCCUAAUUUAGCACCCUUUAUUUGCAUGACUGCAUGCCUCACUAAAUUAAUUAACCCAUAUCAGUUGAGCAUUCGCUAUAAUAUUUUGUGCAAAUUUUGUUCCUUAGUGUUCAACUUUUGGGGAUGCCAAAGCCAAACGCUUAACGCGGGUGCAUCAAUAGGUGCCCUUGUGCUACACUCAGGGAUUUAGGAUCCUGCACACAGCACUGAAACUGUGCUUCCUACAUGGUCUGCCCUCAGUGGGCUGGUCUGGCUGAUUAACAGGCAGCCUGGCGUUUAUUCAGACCCAGCCCUUUUCACCAGCGCCAGUGAAGCAAUCAAGUCACUGUCCCAUCCCAUCCUUUCCCCCCUCCCAUCGACGUCCCAAUUCACGGGGCGCUGACGUUGAGAGCUCAUGUUAAUGAUAAGUGUUACGGUAGUAUUGCGGUUACAGGGAUGUCUUUACCGUUAGGGCAGAACUGGUACAUAUUGGGUCCCUGCUGACUGAGAUUAGUGGUUUACCGGCAUCACAGUCCUGGGCAACAGUGGGCGACUGCUGCCAUUAAAAUGGUGUCAGCUGCCACUUGGGAGUGUAACUCCUACUAACAUUGGACAGACUGCGAGAUGUACGUCCCCUAUUCUGCAUAAAAUGAGGUAAAUAAAAUGCUAAAUAUCUAAAUAUAAACCAUUAGAAAUGGGACUUUUUGCGAGGCUCUCGAUAUGCCUCAAAUUGCAAGAAUCCAUAUGAAAUUGAAUUUGGGUUUUCACUAAAGAAAAUUUUCAGGGUUAUUCUGUUACAGGGUUAUUUACUAAAGGUACAAAUUCAUAAAUAUAAAGUGUAGAUUGAAAGGGAGCUCUUGGUUAUGUACAUUGUUAUAUUCUCGUUUCAGAUGAAAAUGGUUGGCAGAAUUCCGUUAUCAUCAUCCCCACGUUGCUGUCAGCGUCCACACUGAUUGUGGUAAUCGUUAUUUUAUGGAAAUCAAUAAGGAGGAAAGGGGAAAAAAAACGUGUGUCUUUCAGCAAUGACCCAGGUAACCCAGCGAUCCAUCUACCCAAAUACACAGACAUUCUCUGUACCCGCUGUACUAUAACCCUGUACACUGGCACUAAAACCCUCUACCCCCUGCACUUUAACAGUGAACACCUUUAUUAUAUCUCUCUACCCCCAAAUUGUACCCUCUACACCCUGCACUAUAACCCUGUACCACUUCAUUAUAUCUCUCUACCCUACCUUGUACCCUGACACUAUGACCUUCUAGCCCCUGUACUAUAGCCCUGUACUCUUUCAUUAUAUCGCUUUAAUCCCACCUUGUUACCUGGCACUAUAACCCUCUACCCCCUGCAUUAUAUCCAUUUAUCCCAACAUUGUAACCUGGCACUAUAUCCUUCUAUCCCUUCAUUAUAUCCCUUUACCCCUCCCAUUCCCCCCCACAUUAUAACCCUACUCUAUAAUCCUGUAUCCCCCCCCUUUUGCGUUAUAACUAUGCACUAUAACUUUGUACAUCUCACAUUAUUAUCCUGCCCUAUAACCUUGCACUCCCUUGUAAUUUAACCCUGUACCACACACAUUUUAACCAUCAGUUAUUACCGUGUAUCCCCCCGGCAUUAUAAAUAAAUGUAAUAUACCCUCUACCCUCUGUACUACGGUACUAUAACCCUCAGCUAUAACUGUGUAUUCCCCCUGCGUUAUAAAUAAAUAUAAUAUACCAUCUACCCUCUGUACUACUGUACUAUAACCCUCAGCUAUAACAGUGUAUCCCCCACGUUAUAAAUUAAUAUAAUAUACCCUCUACCCUCUGUACUACUGUUCUAUAACCCUCAGCUAUAACAGUGUAUCCCCCCGCGGUAUAAAUAAAUAUAUACUAUAUAUACUAUACUAUAACCCUCAGCUAUAACUGUGUAUCCCCCCGCGUUAUAAAUAAAUAUAAUAUACCCUCUACUCUCUGUACCACUGUACUAUAACCCUCAGCUAUAACAGUGUAUCCUCCCUCCCUGCAUUAUAAAUAAAUAUAAUAUACCCUCUACUCUCUGUACUACUGUACCAUAACCCUCAGCUAUAACAGUGUAUCCCCCCGCGUUAUAAAUAAAUAUAAUAUACCCUCUACUCUCUGUACUACUGUACUAUAACUCUGAGCUAUAACAGUGUAUCCUCCCUGCGUUAUAAAUAAAUAUAAUAUACCCUCUACUCUCUGUACUACUGUACUAUAACCAUCAGCUAUAACAGUGUAUCCUCCCUGCUUUAUAAAUAAAUAUAAUAUACCCUCUACUCUCUGAACUACUGUACUAUAACUCUGAGCUAUAACAGUGUAUCCUCCCUGCUUUAUAAAUAAAUAUAAUAUACCCUCUACUCUCUGAAUUACUGUACUAUAACCUUCAGCUAUAACAGUGUAUCCCCCCGCGUGAUACAUAAUUAUAAUAUACCCUCUACUCUCUGUACUACUGUACUAUAACUCUGAGCUAUAACAGUGUAUCCUCCCUGCUUUAUAAAUAAAUAUAAUAUACCCUCUACUCUCUGUACUACUGUACUAUAACCAUCAGCUAUAACAGUGUAUCCUCCCUGCUUUAUAAAUAAAUAUAAUAUACCCUCUACUCUCUGUACUACUGUACUAUAACACUCAGCUAUAACAGUGUAUCCCCCCGCGUUAUAAAUAAAUAUAAUAUACCCUCUACUCUCUGUACUACUGUACUAUAACACUCAGCUAUAACAGUGUAUCCUCCCUCCUUGCGUUAUAAAUAAAUAUAAUAUACCCUCUACUCUCUGUACUACUGUACUAUAACCCUGAGCAAUAACAGUGUAUCCUCCCUGCUUUAUAAAUAAAUAUAAUAUACCCUCUACUCUCUGUACUACUGUACUAUAACCAUUAGCUAUAACAGUGUAUCCUCCCUGCUUUAUAAAUAAAUAUAAUAUACCCUCUACUCUCUGAACUACUGUACUAUAACUCUCAGCUAUAACAGUGUAUCCCCCCGCGUUAUAAAUAAAUAUAAUAUACCCUCUACUCUCUGUACUACUGUACUAUAACUCUGAGCUAUAACAGUGUAUCCUCCCUGCUUUAUAAAUAAAUAUAAUAUACCCUCUACUCUCUGUACUACUGUACUAUAACCCUCAGCUAUCCCCACGUGAUACAUAAUUAUAAUAUACCCUCUACUCUCUGUACUACUGUACUAUAACCCUGAGCUAUAACAGUGUAUCCCCCCCCUGUGUUAUAAAUACAUAUAAUAUACCCUCUAUUCUCUGUACCACUGUACUAUAACCCUCAGCUAUAACAGUAUAUCCUCCCUGCUUUAUAAAUAAAUAUAAUAUACCCUCUACUCUCUGUACUACUGUACUAUAACACUCAGCUAUAACAGUGUAUCCCCCCACUGCAUUAUAAAUAAAUAUAAUAUACCCUCUACCCUCUGUACUACUGUACUGUAACCCUCAGCUAUAACAGUGUAUCCUCCCUCAUUGCGUUAUAAAUAAAUAUAAUAUACCCUCUACUCUCUGAACUACUGUACUAUAACCCUCAGCUAUCCCCCCACGUGAUACAUAAUUAUAAUAUACCCUCUACUCUCUGUACUACUGUACUAUAACCCUGAGCUAUAACAGUGUAUCCCCCCCCUGUGUUAUAAAUACAUAUAAUAUACCCUCUAUUCUCUGUACCACUGUACUAUAACCCUCAGCUUUAACAGUGUAUCCCCCCUGCGUUAUAAAUAAAUAUAAUAUACCCUCUACUCUCUGAACUACUGUACUAUAACCCUCAGCUAUAACAGUAUAUCCUCCCUGCUUUAUAAAUAAAUAUAAUAUACCCUCUACUCUCUGAACUACUGUACUAUAACUCUGAGCUAUAACAGUGUAUCCUCCCUGCUUUAUAAAUAAAUAUAAUAUACCCUCUACUCUCUGAAUUACUGUACUAUAACCUUCAGCUAUAACAGUGUAUCCCCCCACGUUAUACAUAAUUAUAAUAUACCCUCUACUCUCUGUACUACUGUACUAUAACUCUGAGCUAUAACAGUGUAUCCUCCCUGCUUUAUAAAUAAAUAUAAUAUACCCUCUACUCUCUGUACUACUGUACUAUAACCAUCAGCUAUAACAGUGUAUCCUCCCUGCUUUAUAAAUAAAUAUAAUAUACCCUCUACUCUCUGUACUACUGUACUAUAACCAUCAGCUAUAACAGUGUAUCCUCCCUGCUUUAUAAAUAAAUAUAAUAUACCCUCUACUCUCUGUACUACUGUACUAUAACACUCAGCUAUAACAGUGUAUCCCCCCACUGCAUUAUAAAUAAAUAUAAUAUACCCUCUACCCUCUGUACUACUGUACUGUAACCCUCAGCUAUAACAGUGUAUCCUCCCUCAUUGCGUUAUAAAUAAAUAUAAUAUACCCUCUACUCUCUGAACUACUGUACUAUAACCCUCAGCUAUCCCCCCACGUCAUACAUAAUUAUAAUAUACCCUCUACUCUCUGUACUACUGUACUAUAACCCUGAGCUAUAACAGUGUAUCCCCCCCCUGUGUUAUAAAUACAUAUAAUAUACCCUCUAUUCUCUGUACCACUGUACUAUAACCCUCAGCUAUAACAGUAUAUCCUCCCUGCUUUAUAAAUAAAUAUAAUAUACCCUCUACUCUCUGUACUACUGUACUAUAACACUCAGCUAUAACAGUGUAUCCCCCCACUGCAUUAUAAAUAAAUAUAAUAUACCCUCUACCCUCUGUACUACUGUACUGUAACCCUCAGCUAUAACAGUGUAUCCUCCCUCAUUGCGUUAUAAAUAAAUAUAAUAUACCCUCUACUCUCUGAACUACUGUACUAUAACCCUCAGCUAUCCCCCCACGUGAUACAUAAUUAUAAUAUACCCUCUACUCUCUGUACUACUGUACUAUAACUCUGAGCUAUAACAGUGUAUCCUCCCUGCAUUAUAAAUAAAUAUAAUAUACCCUCUACUCUCUGUACUACUGUACUAUAACCCUGAGCUAUAACAGUGUAUCCCCCCUGCGUUAUAAAUACAUAUAAUAUACCCUCUAUUCUCUGUACCACUGUACUAUAACCCUCAGCUUUAACAGUGUAUCCCCCCUGCGUUAUAAAUAAAUAUAAUAUACCCUCUACUCUCUGUACUACUGUACUAUAACCCUCAGCUUUAACAGUGUAUCCCCCCUGCAUUAUAAAUACAUAUAAUAUACCCUCUAUUCUCUGUACCACUGUACUAUAACCCUCAGCUUUAACAGUGUAUCCCCCCUGUGUUAUAAAUAAAUAUAAUAUACCCUCUACUCUCUGAACUACUGUACUAUAACCCUCAGCUAUAACAGUGUAUCCCCCCGCGUUAUAAAUAAAUAUAAUAUACCCUCUACUCUCUGAACUACAGUACUAUAACCCUGAGCAAUAACAGUGUAGCCUCCCUACGUUAUAAAUAAAUAUAAUAUACCCUCUACUCUCUGUACUACUGUAUUAUAACCCUCAGCUAUAACAGUGUAUCCUCCCUGCAUUAUAAAUAAAUAUAAUAUACCCUCUACUCUCUGAAUUACUGUACUAUAACCUUCAGCUAUAACAGUGUAUCCCCCCACGUGAUACAUAAUAUAAUAUACCCUCUACUCUCUGUACUACUGUACUAUAACUCUGAGCUAUAACAGUGUAUCCUCCCUGCUUUAUAAAUAAAUAUAAUAUACCCUCUACUCUCUGUACUACUGUACUAUAACCAUCAGCUAUAACAGUGUAUCCUCCCUGCUUUAUAAAUAAAUAUAAUAUACCUCUACUUUCUGUACUACUGUACUAUAACACUCAGUUAUAACAGUGUAUCCCCCACUGCAUUAUACAAAUAUAAUAUACCUCUACUUUCUGAACUACUGUACUAUAACUUGAGCUAUAACAGUGUAUCCUCCCUGCUUUAUAAAUACAAAUAUAAUAUACCUCUACUCUCUGAAUUACUGUACUAUAACCUUCAGCUAUAACAGUGUAUCCCCCCACGUGAUACAUAAUUAUAAUAUACCCUCUACUCUCUGUACUACUGUACUAUAACUCUGAGCUAUAACAGUGUAUCCUCCCUGCUUUAUAAAUAAAUAUAAUAUACCCUCUACUCUCUGUACUACUGUACUAUAACCAUCAGCUAUAACAGUGUAUCCUCCCUGCUUUAUAAAUAAAUAUAAUAUACCCUCUACUCUCUGUACUACUGUACUAUAACACUCAGCUAUAACAGUGUAUCCCCCCGCGUUAUAAAUAAAUAUAAUAUACCCUCUACUCUCUGUACUACUGUACUAUAACACUCAGCUAUAACAGUGUAUCCUCCCUCAUUGCGUUAUAAAUAAAUAUAAUAUACCCUCUACUCUCUGUACUACUGUACUAUAACCCUGAGCAAUAACAGUGUAUCCUCCCUGCUUUAUAAAUAAAUAUAAUAUACCCUCUACUCUCUGUACUACUGUACUAUAACCAUCAGCUAUAACAGUGUAUCCUCCCUGCUUUAUAAAUAAAUAUAAUAUACCCUCUACUCUCUGAACUACUGUACUAUAACUCUGAGCUAUAACAGUGUAUCCUCCCUGCUUUAUAAAUAAAUAUAAUAUACCCUCUACUCUCUGUACUACUGUACUAUAACACUCAGCUAUAACAGUGUAUCCCCCCACUGCAUUAUAAAUAAAUAUAAUAUACCCUCUACCCUCUGUACUACUGUACUGUAACCCUCAGCUAUAACAGUGUAUCCUCCCUCAUUGCGUUAUAAAUAAAUAUAAUAUACCCUCUACUCUCUGAACUACUGUACUAUAACCCUCAGCUAUCCCCCCACGUGAUACAUAAUUAUAAUAUACCCUCUACUCUCUGUACUACUGUACUAUAACCCUGAGCUAUAACAGUGUAUCCCCCCCCUGUGUUAUAAAUACAUAUAAUAUACCCUCUAUUCUCUGUACCACUGUACUAUAACCCUCAGCUUUAACAGUGUAUCCCCCCUGCGUUAUAAAUAAAUAUAAUAUACCCUCUACUCUCUGAACUACUGUACUAUAACCCUCAGCUAUAACAGUAUAUCCUCCCUGCUUUAUAAAUAAAUAUAAUAUACCCUCUACUCUCUGAACUACUGUACUAUAACUCUGAGCUAUAACAGUGUAUCCUCCCUGCUUUAUAAAUAAAUAUAAUAUACCCUCUACUCUCUGUACUACUGUACUAUAACCCUCAGCUAUAAUCGUGUAUCCCCCCGCGUUAUAAAUAAAUAUAAUAUACCCUCUACUCUCUGUACUACUGUACUAUAACCCUCAGCUAUAACAGUGUAUCCCCCUGCGUUAUAAAUAAAUAUAAUAUACCCUCUACUCUCUGUACUACUGUACUAUAACCCUCAGCUAUAACAGUGUAUCCUCCCUGCUUUAUAAAUAAAUAUAAUAUACCCUCUACUCUCUGAAUUACUGUACUAUAACUCUGAGCUAUAACAGUGUAUCCUCCCUGCUUUAUAAAUAAAUAUAAUAUACCCUCUACUCUCUGUACUACUGUACUAUAACACUCAGCUAUAACAGUGUAUCCCCCCACUGCAUUAUAAAUAAAUAUAAUAUACCCUCUACCCUCUGUACUACUGUACUGUAACCCUCAGCUAUAACAGUGUAUCCUCCCUCAUUGCGUUAUAAAUAAAUAUAAUAUACCCUCUACUCUCUGAACUACUGUACUAUAACCCUCAGCUAUCCCCCCACGUGAUACAUAAUUAUAAUAUACCCUCUACUCUCUGUACUACUGUACUAUAACCCUGAGCUAUAACAGUGUAUCCCCCCCCUGUGUUAUAAAUACAUAUAAUAUACCCUCUAUUCUCUGUACCACUGUACUAUAACCCUCAGCUUUAACAGUGUAUCCCCCCUGCGUUAUAAAUAAAUAUAAUAUACCCUCUACUCUCUGAACUACUGUACUAUAACCCUCAGCUAUAACAGUAUAUCCUCCCUGCUUUAUAAAUAAAUAUAAUAUACCCUCUACUCUCUGUACUACUGUACUAUAACACUCAGCUAUAACAGUGUAUCCCCCCACUGCAUUAUAAAUAAAUAUAAUAUACCCUCUACCCUCUGUACUACUGUACUGUAACCCUCAGCUAUAACAGUGUAUCCUCCCUCAUUGCGUUAUAAAUAAAUAUAAUAUACCCUCUACUCUCUGUACUACUGUACUAUAACCCUCAGCUAUAACAGUGUAUCCCCCCACGUGAUACAUAAUUAUAAUAUACCCUCUACUCUCUGUACUACUGUACUAUAACUCUGAGCUAUAACAGUGUAUCCUCCCUGCAUUAUAAAUAAAUAUAAUAUACCCUCUACUCUCUGUACUACUGUACUGUAACCCUCAGCUAUAACAGUGUAUUCCCCCUGCGUUAUAAAUACAUAUAAUAUACCCUCUACCCUUUGUACUACUGUACUAUAGCUGUACACCCCCCGUGUUAGAAAUAAAUAGACUAUACCCUCUAUCUGAAAGGGUUAAUGCUGUUCUGGACUCAACUCCCCUCGAUUCUCGAUUCUCCGGUCACCAUAAUUAAUAUUGAUGGAGAAUCAUUGUUAGCAAUAAAGACACGGACACCACAAAUAUGCUUUAACAAGAUUCUCAAAUGAGUGUACUUUCAGGGCUAGCAUUUAUACACAGUUUGUCACGCAAGCAGCGAGAUUUAUCGCGUCCUUAUAGUUAAUAGUACAUACUUGCCUGACAUUAAAAGAUAAGCAUUUGAAUAAAGACGGGAGAGGAACAUCCUGAGAUCGAGCAAGGUCGCACAUCCUCUAGAAAGAAGACCUUGGUACAAAAUACAUCUGGCAAAGUCAGCAUAAUUAUUUCAAACAUUAUUUUAAAGCAUAUAAAGCAAAAAGAGUUUAAUUAUUUCAUAUCCUUACAGUCAGCACUAAUGAUUAUAAACCUUAUCUAAGCAUAAAAUACAUAUGAACAAGAAAAGUUAACUACUUCAUAUUCUUACACUAUCCUUUGUACUAUAACCCUGUGCUGCCUGCAUUCUAACUGUGCCUUUUAACCUUGUGCACCCAGCAGCUGACUUGGGCGGAGAAUGGGCAGUUAAUAAUGCAGCUACUUACGAGAACUUCCCCGAGGUUGUAGACCCAAUCCUGAAGAAAUGGGAGAUGCCAGAUGGGUGGCAGAUCACCGACCAGGUGGUUAUUUGCAAUGGACAAUAUGGCCCUAUAAGUCGUGCCUCCCUGGUUGGAGAGGGGGUCGCUGAUGGCAAACAGGAUGUAGUCCUAAAAGAACUAUCUGGUGAGUAAGUUUAGAAUAUUGCUUCCCAUAUUUCUUAAAUCAUAGAGGGUUGGUCAUAAAAAUUAAUAAAACUGUGACCAGAGGAUUUUUCCCAGUUUUUGUCUCCGUGCCUCCCAAUUGUCUUGAUUCUUUAAGGUUACUUUGCAUAUUGACCAGCUGUCCUAAUUAUUUUCAGGUAUGUCUCCAUACCUUUUAACUGUCAUGGUUCUUCCCGAUUAUUCUUCCUCCAUAUCUCCAAACUGUCCCAGUUUUGCCAAACUAUUUUCCCUUACAGGUAUCUCCCCACUAUUUUGGUCCUUUGCGGUUAUUUUUCCAUACCUUCCAACUGGCCUAAAUCUGAGGGACUUAUCAAUUUUACAACACCUUAAUAUUUAACUGGAGGGAGUAAUUGUAAGGAGUCGGGAAAGAUAACCUGCAGAGAGCAAUAAAGGGAGUACUUGUAGGGUGUAUGAAGGAGAUGCCUGUAAGAAUUGGAGGAGUAUCUAUAAGGAAUGCAAUAUUGCAAUAUAUGUGCUCUCAAUCUUGACAUGAAGACUCCGCUCUUAUUGAGGUCAUAAUAAUAAAUUGUACUGGUGCAGUGAGUAAGUCUUUUAAUUGUGAGUCUUUGUUCAGAGGAUUUCAGUCCAGGAGAAGCCCAGGACUUUACUGACCUCAUGAAGUUUCACAUCCAAGUUUGUAAUCACAAGAACCUGGUGAAGAUGCUGUGUUGCAAGAUUGAAGCGAGACCGCUUUGUCUUGUUUUGAAAGCCAUGAACCUCGGAAAUCUACUCUCAUUUUUGUGGCGAUCUCGUCAGGUAAUGUAGCUCGUAGUUUGGUGCUGUGUAAGAACAGAGGAAUACUGCCCAGAAUUCUCUAUAGAGACUCACUCACAUAAUUCAGAGUCUCUUCAUUGUCUCACAAUAUACCCAAAUGAAGGCCUUGAUUCGAUAUUUCUAGAUACACUUUUCAAAAUAUUUAAUAUUUUUGGAUAAACAUUUAAAAUAAUGUAAUAUUUUUUAAAAUGUUUUUAUAUUUUUAUAUUUUUUGAUAUAUUGAUUUUUAUAUUACAUUUGAUAUAUUUUUUAGUAAUGAUAUUACUUUUUUGCGCGUUGUUCCUUACCACAGUAUACAUAUAACUGCUGUUUAAUCACAGAUUAAACCAUUCCUGUCACAGCAAGGCAGCAAUGAUGAAUUCCUUUUAAGACUCCUAUUCUCUCCCUUUGUGUAUAUUAGCCCAUUGUGAGCUUUUGCAAGGUUCUGAAUUAUGUGAGUGAACAAUAACAUACUGAUAUAAAAUAUUGAAUAGCGAUUUAACAAGCUACACUAUUUGUAACCUGUGAAAUAGAAAAUAUAGGAUGAGCAUACUACGCAUGAUGUUUACAGCACACAUUCCAUGUUUAGAUUUGGUUUAAAAUGGUAAAAUUUAUUUUGUUGCAGAAGUCAGACAUUUUCCACCGCUAACAAUAUAUGGUAUUUCUACAUUUCUGUUUCUGCCAUGUACAACUUAAAGGGAUACUCUAAGCACUGAAACAACUUUAGCUUAAAGGACCACUCUAGGCACCCAGACCACUUCAGCUUAAUUAAGUGGUCUGGGUGCCAGGUCCCUCUAGGAUUAACCCUUUUUUUUAAGAGAAACUGCUAUGUUUAUAAAUGGGUUAAUCCAGCCUCUAAAGCCUCUAGUGGCUGUCUCAUUGACAGCCGCUAGAGGCGUUUGCGUGCUUCUCACUGUGAAAAUCACAGUGAGAAGACGCCCACGUCCAUAGGAAAGCAUUAUGAAUGCUUUCCUAUGUUAAUAGGACUUGGCAGGAACCAGCAGAGUAUUAAAAGAGCAGGAUAUUAGAUAUUCUAAAUUAAACAAAAAUGUGCAAUUUAAACAUUUAAGCUCUCUUUACAGGAAAUGUGUUGGGAGACUGUAUAAGUCACAUGUAGGGAGGCGUGGCUAGGGCUACAUAAACAAAGCAAUGUUACUCCUAAAUGACAGUGGCAUAAUCAAUUCACCAAAACUGUUUUAUUAAGCUAACGUUGUUUUAGUGUCUAUAGUAUACCUUUAAAUCAGAAAGACAGAAGCGCAUAUAUGUCAUGACAACCUAUUACCUUCCUUUUAGGGUGACAAUGGAAGCAGAGUCACAGAGAAGUGGAUCUUUCACACAGCUUCCCAGGUGGCGAGUGCUCUGGUAGAUAUUAUUAUUACCGUUCGGUUAAUACAGUCUUUUACCUUUUUACAUGGGCCCAUAUUAGCCAUGUGACAUUAGUGUGAUAAUCUAUUCUUCCGGUUUUCUUUUCUAAUUAUUUCAAUAAUGUCACAAAUUAAUUCUGUAAACCAUCUUCAUUGGACUCUUCUGAUUGAUAUAUUGUGCCUCCUCUAACUAUUAAAAACCAACACUUUAAAAUAUUGCUAGUAGGUUUCUGGAAACGGUGUCUUGGAAUCAAAGCCGGAGUCCGUAAACAUUGUCCCUUUUUUAAUAUUUAAAUGUAUAAAAGAUAGAGAUGUACAUGAUUUUCUUAAUAUCUGGUGGGGUGUGGUGGGGUGCGGUGGGGUGGGGUGGGGUGGAGGGGGCGGGGGGAAGGGCAACUUUCUAACUAGUUCUUCUAAAAAAAAAUGAAAACGACCCCUGUUCAAAAGUCUGCAUACCCUUAGUUCUUAAUACUGUGUAUUGCCCCCUUUAGCAUUAAUUACAGCGUGCAGUCUUUUGUAAUAGUUGUCUAUGAGGCCCCUAAUUCUUGCAGGUGGUAUAGCUGCCCAUUCGUCUUGGCAAAAUACCUCCAGGUCAUGCAAAGUCUUUGAUCGUCUUGCAUGAACCGCACGUAUAUUAUCUCCACAGAGUGGCUCGAUGAUAUUAAGGUCAAGAGACUGUGAUGGCUACUCCAGAACAUUCACCUUUUUCUGCUGUAACCACUGGAGGGUCAACUUGGCCUGGUGCUUAGGGUCAUUGUCAUGCCGGAAAGUCCAAGAGCGUCCCAUGCGCAGCCUUCGUGCAGAAGAAUGCAAAUUGUCUGCCAGUAUUUUCUGAUAACAUGCUGCAUUUAUCUUGCCAUCAAUUUUCUCAAGAAUCCUUGUGCCUUUAGAGCUCACAGACACCUAAAACAUCAGUGAGCCACCACCAUGCUUCACAGUGGGGAUGGUAUUCUUUUCACUAUUGGGCCGUCUCCAAACAUAGCGCUUAUGGUUCUAUUAAUAAAGCUCUAUUUUGGUCUAUUUUGUAACCGACUGUUUUGUGGCUGCGCUGAGGGGGGAGGUGAUAUAUUCCUCAGGCUGUGCUCAGGGGGGAGAUGAUAUACCUCAGGCUGUGCUGAGGGGGGGGGGUGUUGAUAUAUACCUCUGGCUGCACUGAGGGGGGGGUGUUGAUAUAUACCUCUGGCUGCACUGAGGGGGGAGGUGAUAUAUAUCUCUGCGCUGUAGAGAGAGGUGGUAACCUCCAGGAAAUAAAAUAAACCAUUUACUUUUCCUUUUGUAGGAGUAUCUGUCAGGAACACAUAACCUUGUCCAUGGGUUUGUGGCAGCAUGCAAUGUUCUCAUCCACGAGGAUAUGACUGUGGAGCUUUGUGGCCUUGGUUUGACCGCGAUAAUGCACCGGACUGGGGGCAUUCCAGCCAGGCGAGCGGCCCAAGUGCCACUAAGGUGGCAGUCACCAGAAAGGCUAAGCGGAGACACCCCCACAGAGAAGAGCGACAUGUGAGUUUAAUCAAUGUCUGUUUAUCAGAGGAUUAUUAUUUUAUUCAGCUCAGACAUCAUUUAUUGGAUGAAAUACUGGCCGCCAUCAGACCCCCUACAUUUCAUUCUCUCACAGACUCUUUUCCCACGAGACAGAUUCCUUAUUAAUACUGAUGUUUCUUUUUCUACAGGUGGUCCUUUGGGAUUUUACUCUAUGAGAUGGUCACCUUAGGUAUGUACUAGAAGAAGGUGAAAAUAUUAGCUAAUCAUGUUCGUAACAUUUUUGUGUUCCAUGGUAGUCACGUUAUUUAGAUUUUAUGCUGAGUACAUGUGUGUAAUAAAUGGUCAGAUUAGUUAUAUUUCUAUAUAACUGGGUGAAAUAAAAGGUAGAUGCAGCGAGUAGAAUGUUCUUGUGGAGGUAUAUGUAAUGACAAAUGGAGAAGCAGAAGGAACCAGUAGUGUAGUAAGUUAAAACGUCUUUAUGGAGUAAGGGUGAAGUAAAAAAUGUGCACUCACACUUUAUUGGAGCUUCAAUUCCGCUCCAACUGGUGCCACCUGGGCGGACUAAUUCACACCUAAGGUUAUAGUUUGGUGCUGGUUCUAUCCUCAUAGAAAUAUAAAAAAAACAGAUUAAAAAAAUAUAUAGUGUCUAUUCUUUUAGAAUAUUUGCUUUUUUUUCUCCAGGUUCUCCUCCGUAUCCAAACCUGGAAAUCUCUCAGGUGCUUCCCAGCCUUCAGAGGAUGCAGUGGAUGGAGAAACCUGCGCGAUGCACAGACCGGCUGUAAGUAUUGGUAGAGUCUGGCUUUCUAUAGGUUAACCAACUGAAACACUUAAACAACCCUAUACCUAGAGCAGCUUGGCUUUUCCAUGGUGGCGCUUUAAAUAUAUACAUAGUUAUAAUCUUUAAUGUCGUGAUAAUAUCCAGUCUGGGAGCAGCAUUAACACCCAGAAUUAACUCCUAGCAGUGUAUCUCUCUGACCACGAGAGGGCGCCAAAGAGCAGUACAUAUACCCAGCUAAAGAAGAAUAAACAGGUUGCUCCAGCCUCCAUGAACAGUUUGCUCUCAGCAGUCGUCAUAGAGAAAGCAAUUUGUAUUUGCAUCGUUUCUGCUUGAAAUGCUGCACAUAUUAUGGCGUCUGCACUUUUGUGCCAGGGGCUAGUUGCACCCCCGGCAACCGUGGCUUUGUAGUCUGGAACGUUUGGGCUUUUCUUAUGUUUAUUAGUUGCAAAAAUAACGCACACGCUGGCGACAGAUGGAAUUAUUUUCUACUCUUGCAGACAGUGCUGUGAGCGAGCCCGCAAAGGGAAGCUUGUACGCCUCUUCCUUCCCUCCUGCAAUUCCUCCCAGCCGCCCUACAUUUUAUACAUUACAACUUUUAUUUAUUUUUUAAAGCCCACCCACAUUCCCUUCCUCUCCUACUCCCCCCAGCCCCUCCAAACUUCUUGCUUUCACGGAGGAGGUAAUUGGCCCCAGGUGAGUACAUUGAAGCAGCGCCAGGGCACUCCUGGCACCAUAACCACUGCAGUGUGCUGUAGUGGUUAUGGUGUUUGGCGUGUUCCUUUAACUGCUGUCUUUAGAAUGCUUUGGGAACACAGCAGCUCACACUGGAGGCAAGGCAAUUAAUCAGAACCAAAGCUAAUAUAUGUAAAUGAAAGGUCUGUGUUAAGUACUUCAUUAAUGUCUUUCCUGCCGUGUUACUGACCAUAACUGGUGAAGAAUAUUGGAGUCAUGGUAAUUGUGUGGUGUGUUUCAUGGUGAUGUAUUUAGAUGAAUAAAUUCUGCAUCCGUGAGGAAUAUGUACGCUCUCAUAAUGGUUCUCCUGCUUUCACUUCCAGCUACGAAGUCAUGUUGAGAUGCUGGGCAUGGAAAGCAUCUCAGAGACCUUGCUUCAUGGAACUGAUGAAACAGCUACAAAACCUUGUGGGCCAGGCAGAUGACCACACACGUCUGUCAGCCUCGGACGCCAUUAGUCAAAGUGACUACGCGCGCCUGAGUGGGAUUUCUGUAUGACCCAGAACGUUAACCUGUGUGCAGAGAGCUGGACAUGGACCUUAAAGAUGUUAGCCAAAGUUGGCAAGAAGAUACAUGUGAACUGGUUUCCACAUUUUGUUGGCUACAGAAACUAAACGGACACUCUGUGCAUGUGAAUAGGACAAACUGACACUGCAUUUCUUUCCUAAACCUUCUAAGGGGGGCGAGCAGCUAAUGGAUGGUAUUAGAAUUUGUUUGUAGAAUAAUCGGAGUCUGUUCGGAAGUCCAGAAUUUGGAAUUAGAUUGUCAGCUUUUCCACUUCUUUAGUUAAAAGAGAACAAUAACGGAAAUAUAACGAUAUUUAUAAUAAAGUUGUAAUGUUCAUAGCCUUUUAGUUUAAAAUAUAUUGGAGGUUUAGCCCACCCCCAUUCUUAGCCAGCGAGGCCAGUGACCCAAAGACAUAUGUUCUCUGUAGAAAACUCCAGAAAAACAAAGUCAAUACAUAGUGAGCAAAACAGGACUUAAAAAGGCCAAAAUAUAGUUUAAAAAUUAAAUUUGCAUAAAACGCACUUUAUCCAAGAUAUAACAAUAAAACCGAACACUCCCCUACGCAAGUGAUGAGCAUAAUACACAAAUAUUAUAUGUUUAUAAAGGGCUAUAGCAUACGCUACCAAACUUCCAUUUUUCUUUAUAAUUCCCUAUUUAAAGUGAGACAUUAAGCCUGGAGAUUGUAUCAUCCAUUAUAACAUGGUAAAAACAAUUAACUGAUCAGCUCUCCAUAUUGUCUGAGUGUGAGAAGAAAAAAAAAAGACACCUAUAAUAUAUAUUAACUUUAUUCAAAGACGUUAAUACUCAAAUAUGGUUAAUAAAUCACAGUCACAUUGGCUACAUUGUUCUUUGAAUAGAACUAAGAAUGGUCACUGUAUCCUGUGCCGGUGAUCUCGCCCAAUAAAUGUACAAUUACAGACACAUAGCAUUUCGAGUAAUGUUUCAGCUUAGAUCUCACAGGGGAAUCAUUAAUUCAGGCCAUCCCUAGUCCAGGAAUGUUUGUACACAGUUCUAGUAAUCAUGAAAAAAUUCCAUAUAUAAAUCUUGCUCCCCACGUACGGCUCAUGUUGUGUAUUGUUUUUUAAACUGGGCACCUUCUUCUUGCUUACAAAUGGUAUAUAGACGAAGACGAGCACAAUCUAUCAUUAUAUACUGAAACCACAUCACUUGAUGUUUUCAUAUUUUGAUCAUAAAUAUAAUUCAGCAACUUCUGGUUAUAUAUGUGAGCAGCUAAAUACUGCUAAUCUGAUGGCAUUUCUAUGUAGCCCACAUCAUCACACAAAGAUGCUCAAUUCAGGACAGGUGUGUCAUCACGGGGAUUCUAACCCAAGUGAUAUUUCAAGAGAACUUAAAUUUUUCAAAGGAGAGGAGUGGAUUUAGAGCUUUCCUCUUCCACCUACUGUUUCCAAAGGAGAAUAAUGAACUCGGACCUAUCUUCUCCCACUCACAAUGUUGCAAGAUGGAGUUUGAUCUCAGAGCUAACCUCCCCCACUUAUUUCCUUUAUUAACCAAUAAAUUAAUUAGUCAGAGGUUUCUCCUACAACCCAGGUGGAAUCAGAGCUGCCUUCUGCAAACAGGUUCUUGAAGAGGAGAGAUUCUUAAGUGUGUUUUUCAUUGAGGAGUGUGAAGCUGAAGAUGUCAUCUGCUACCUCUUUAGCUUCCCAAAGAAGAGACUGAACUUGGAGCUUUGGAGGCGCCGUGUCCUCUACUAACAGAAAGCUUCCUGUAGAGUAGACUGAUCUCAUUGCUGGGCAUCCGCACCCAGAGCAUCGCAAGUAGGAAAUGGACCUAAAUACUCCUCACUAUGAAACGUAACAUUAGACCUUAAGGUUCCAUAAUGUAUCUGCAAACAGGACGUAGGAAAUGGACCAGGCAAGGUGGUAUAAGCAGGCCAGCGGGGAGAAGGCGCAGAACAUAAUGAGUAUGCCUGAAACAGAAAACACAUGAAAUCUUAUAAAUCAAAUUUCUCAGAUAAUGGAGAAAUUGUAAAUGUAAUAUAAGGGACAGAGCAAUAGGCCAACAUAAUGUAAAUAUUUAAUGAUAUGAAACUGGCCCUGAACACUUUUUGUUUUUAAUUAUGGCCAUUUUUUAUUAUCAAAAACUAUUUACAGUAAUAAUAUAUUUACUUUUUUAUUUAUUUAUUUAUUUAAAGGGACACUGUAGUCACCAAAACAACUUCAGAGGCAUGAUCUAUAAACCGCUUCAUUAAAGCUAAAGUUGUUUUGGUGACUAUAGUGUCUCUUUAAGAGUGAAACCUUAAAAAUGUAGAAAUUCAUUUGUUAUCCUAUUUCUAAGGGAAAGUAUAUUUUGCGGACACCAGCCAUCAAUCAAUAAGCACAGCAGAUGUCAAUGACAGUUCGUUGCACAUGUUCAAGGAACUUUAUGGAAGUGCUCAUAGCACAAAACACUUAGAAGGAUCUUAAAUGGCACGGCCAUGUUGGUGUGUAAGGUCUGCCAGGAGCCGCAGGGAGAAGAAUGGGAAUGCCGCUGCAAUUUUUCAUUUUUAAACAAAAAUGUAUAAAACAUACACAGGUGAGAGGUUUGUUUUAACAGCACAUUUUUGUUUUAAUAAUUUUGGAGAUAAUGCAAUAAAAUGGUCAAAAUAUAACCCACAGAUUCCUUCCCAAUAGAGGUUUAUGGGAUAUGUAGAUCACUGGUUCCAAAUUUCAUUAACGCCAUUAACUUCCUUUAGUUUAACCCCUUAAGGACCAAACUUCUGGAAUAAAAGGGAAUCAUGACAUGUCCUUAAGGGGUUAAAAAGUUACUGCAUUCGAUUUUAUUUUUCUAGAUAAGGCUGCGCAUGCAGGUCAGAGCUCUGUGUAGCAACAUGUACAAAUCACUUAGGAUUUGCAUCUCUAGCCUUUGCAAUAUUGGUUAAUUAUUAUUAUUAUCGUCAAUUAUAUAGCGCCAACAUAUUCCAUAGCACAUUACAAUAUUAUAAGAGGGGGAGAUUUAAUAAUAAAUGAGACAAUUAUAAAAACUUACAGGUACCACUGAAGAGAGGUUGAAGAGGACCCUGCUCAAACGAAAUAGCUGCAGGUAUAAUUCAAUAAUUAACAUGCAGAAACAGGGAACUCAUUUACACAUGACAUAUAGAGGACCUAUGGGAGUCCCUUUAAUAAUAGUGUAAUAGUCUAUUCUGAUAAUUUACAAUUGAUGAAAACAUAGAACUAUAUAAUUUUUAAAUGAUUAUUAAAGGGACACUCCAGGCACCCAGACCACUUCUGCCCAUUGGAGUGGUCUGGGUGCCAACUCCCACUACCGUUAAACUGCAAUAUUUACCUUGCAGGGUUAAAGGACCACUACAGGCACCCAGACCACUUCAGCUUAAUGAAGUGGUCUGGGUGCCAGGUCCACCUAGGAUUAACCCUUAAUGCUAUGUUUACAAAUGGGUUAAUCCAGCCUCUAGUGGCUGUCUCCUUGACAGCCGCUAAGGGUGCUUCCGUGCUUCUCACUGUGAUUUUCACAGUGAGAAGACACUAGCGUCUAUAGGAAAGCAUUGAGAAUGCUUUCCUAUGAGACUGGCUGAAUGCGUGCGCGGCUCUUGCCACCCAUGCGCAUUCAGCUGAUGAUGGGGAAAGGAGGAGAAGAGUCUCCAGCACCGAGGGAGCCCGGCGCUGGAGAAAGGUAAGUGUUUAACCCCUUCCUCUCCAUCCAGCCCAGCGGGAGUGGGACCCUGAGUGUCGGGGCACCCUCAGGGCACUAUAGUGCCAGGAAAACGAGUAUGUUUUCCUGGCACUAUAGUGGUCCUUUAAGUCCUCCUCUAGUGGCUGUCUACCAGACAGCCACUAGAGGGACUUAUGUGUUCAUAGAACACGAAAAGUGUGUUAUGCGACGCUGGACGUCCUCAUGCUAUGUGAGGACCUCCAGCGUCACCGAAAUCAACAUAAGAAAGCAUUGAAAGCAUUAUUCAAUGCUUACCUAUGGGGCGGUCUGCCGCGCAUGCGGUCUCCCCUGCCGCCGGCCACGCAUGCGCAACAGGUCUCCCCGCUGGCUGACGUCGACGGGGGAGGAGCAUAGGCGGAGCCUGACCUAGCGCCAAGGGACAUCGGCGCUGGAUACAGGUAAGUCACUGAAGGGGUUUUAACUUGGGGGUGGGAAGGAGACCUGCAGUGCCAGGAAAACGGUUUGUUUUCGUGGCACUGGAGAGUCCCUUUAAUGCACUGAUUAAAUAAGCGUCAGCCUAACUACUGAUUCUCACCUCCUGUGAAGACCAUCUUUUUCCACAAUUGAGACUCCAGGAUCUUGUCGUGGGGAUAGAAACCUUGAUCAACCAUAAAGAGGAUCAUUAUGACAGAGACUACACGCAAGACCACUAAAUGACUUCCGGUCAGCAGAGACGUGCACGCCAAGAUGGCGGACGCGUAGGUACAAGGAAGUCCUCGGUAAAUGAAGGGAAUUUCUACAAUAGGAAAACAAGACAGAAUUUGUCAGCAUCAUGUAGAACGGAUCUCUAAUAUAAUUAUUAUUUAUAAAGCACCAACAAAG